AUGCCUUCGAAGCGGAAGGAGACGGAGGGCAGUGGGAGGCCACCGAAGAAGAGCAGGCCGGCACUAAGCGCUGAUGAAAAGGCUGAGCAAGUCAAAGUCCACUGGGCAUUACCUACAACAGCCAGAGGCAGUGAUGCGUCUAGUACGAGCGAAACCAUCACGCGAUACUCACAGCGUUUGUUUGGAAGACCGUGGAGUGAACUGAGAGUUCAAGAAUCGGCUUUCCGGUUCCCACACGUACGGACACCGGUCUUUCAGGCAAAGGGCAAAGAUAUUGCCACGGGUGGGAAGCGUGAGCUCAGCAAGGCCUUGUGUGAUUUCUUCAACCUUAUCAAGGCCAGUACAUUCGAGCCGCAAGAAGGUGAUCUAUAUACCCGCGAGGCCUUAGAAGAGGCGUUCUCGGGAGAGAACCAAGGCAAUGCAGUCGUUGCUUCGGGCUCUCACGCAAAUGCUAUACUUGCAUUAGCCACAGAGUAUCAGGUUGAAGUAACUGUACGCCCAGACGGCGAAGAAGAAAGCGCGCAUCUGAUACUACUUCGGAAAUCACCUCAUGCAGAUUCAGAUACGGGAACUGCAGCUGAUGACUUCGGGUAUUUCAUCCAGCUUCCCCAUGGAAUGCGUGUCACCGUCAAUGGCCUUACCUAUGUCAACGAGCCAACGCUACAGGGCGAAAAUUCAGACGAAGAAUCUGUGAAACCGUUUAUUAUCGGUCCACUCGAACGAUUUGCAAUCAUAGAGCUUCUAGCUCAGCCAAUCUUCUUCUUCCGUGCGCCAGAAGAUUUAGACUUCAAGGAUGCAAAGAGCAUUGAGACGGAGUCCCGUACUAAGCCCUCCGAACUUGAACGCCAAAGACGAUCAACUCAUGGCAAUGUGCCUGUUGAUCAUGUCGAAAUCGCGUGGACACUGCUUGGUCCACUCUCAACCGAGCCUGACUCUGCCAGGCUCGGUAACGGAGAUGAGGCUGUUUACUCUGACGAGUGGACGGAUGAUGAACCUAGUCCGUGUUCAUAUCUACAGCGUUAUUCGUUAGAUUCACAGCGUGAUCGCCUCCAAACUCUCGUCCCCAGAGUGCUCGCUGCAAUUAAUGCUCGCCAACCAGAGGCAGCUGGCUUCAGCGUUUACCAUGACAACCGCGUUAACCGACCUGGCAGAACCUGGCUCCAUAUUAUGGGACACGCGGGAAAUUCUAAUCACUUUGUUCUGCUCAUAGUGCAGGUCCAGGAGGAUCGCAGGAUCACGCUCCAAGUUAUGGACCCUUUGACUUGGAGAAGCACCCGGCAAGCUCGCGAUGACCUAUUCAAUGAUGUACGAAGAGUCUUAUCAGAGACCCAGUGGUGGAAGAAAGCAUACGAAAGCCAGGAAGAAAUGCGGAAAAACCUCCCGGCAGAGUUAUCUUGGAGUCCGUCUGUCCAGCACCCCGAAGCUAUAGAGAGUCUCACUUUGGUGGUUCUCUCGGCUUGGACACUUGCUUUGGGCCUAUCGCCUGACCCGAAUUUUAGGCUAGACAACGAGAGCUUCUUCAGUCGCGCCCAUGCUGUAUUCCAGAUGGUUCUCAAUGACACCAUGAACUGGAAGGUAUUGGUGUCGUUCCUGAGAUGCAUCGGGUUUGUGAGGUCAAGCAAGCAAGGCCAAGGGGAUACUGGACGUGGACCGAGUUUGGAGUACAGACAUAUCGAUCCAUCCCGGAGUCAUCGCUUUGAUUUAAGCAAACAUUCCUUCGAACGUCUGAUGGAGGUACAGACUUUAGCGGAUGCUGUCGAGGAGCGUCUUGCCACGGUGCCUGUUCCUGUCAGAGUUGAGACUGGAGUCGCUCAUACCAGGGACUUUCCUUCGGAUCAUUUACCAGAGGAGCACUUGGUCAAACUAAAAGAGCUCAUUCGAAGGCCUGGUGGUUGGAAUUUGACGGAAACAUGGCCGCAGUUGAAGCAGCGCCUGAGUCUGGAAACAGAACCCAAUUCUCCUCGGCCUACAAGUGGAUCUGACAACCCCGCAACGUCAAAAAAUGAUGCCAACACAUUAGCAGACAUUCUCCCUGGCAGUGCUCCGAGAGACCCUCAGAUCGAUACCUCUGAACUAGAAUCGGAGUUCGAUGCAUGUCAAUAUUUCAGGUCGGAAAUGAGCAGACUUGUAGCAGAACAUCAUAAUCAAGAGUUCACGACGUGGCCAGAACUUUCGUCGGAAGAACAGACGUAUGCUAGUAUUACAGCUGUGGCGAGAAGCAUCAACGAAAUCAGGCCUAUUUCAAAGGGUUUCUCAAUCUACAGUCAGCAACCCCAGUGUUUUAUAACCUCGGGAAUAAAGAAUGCAGAGUCUCCUACCGAUCAAUUCAUAUUGAGAUAUGUCUCGCUCGGCGAACACUUCAUCCUUAUCGUCAUUCGGAAUAGCGGUCAAUACGAUGGUCAGCCUGCGGUAUAUGCUGUGGAUCCUGCACCGUGGUUAUCUACAGUGCAACGGCGCCAGGCAGUGCACAGGUACGUGGAGGCUCUAUCACCCGGAGGCGCACUGAUGCCAGAAUCGAUAAGAUGGAUUUUCGGAUCUGGAAGAGGAGCUGUACAACACUCUGGAUGCAUCACUGUGCUCAAUGCCUGGGCUAUCCUACUCGAUCUACCAUUAAGCCUUACUGAUUUUGCCCCGGAUGCGUCUUUCUAUGACGACGCACACCAGCUCAUGCAUGUUGUACAACGUGGAAGAGCGAGCUGGAAACUCAUUUGGGCGUUCCUGCGCUGCAGAGGGUAUCUUUCUUCUGAUGAACCGCCUGCUCCAGACCGGAGAUUCAUGAGGACCAGCCCUGAUAGCCUGGUGUCCAAGCACGAAGAAAGAAUGAACCAGAGGCCAGGGCCUUCUCUGGACCUUACAAAACAAGCUUUACUUUAUCGGCAUUUUGAUGCACAAUCGGGGUAUUCACAUCGCGAUGAAUUGCCUUGGGACAUGGAUGAUACCGAUAUCAAGACUCGUAUUCCUACACUGCUUGACUACAACCCUCAGCUCACCCGUAAUGAGGUCAGGCGGAGAUAUGCUCAUCCAUGCGCCGACUUUCGCCGGAGAAUGAAUGAGCGACUAGAAGACCCAAAAAUCGCAAGUGAUUUGAGAGACUUUCGGGACAGAUGCAAACCAACUCAAGCAUUUGACGCUUGGCUUGAUGACACAGAGGUCUCGCUGUCUAUUGGCGCUGUAACUCUUGGUAUCACCAGGUACCAACAGAAACAAUCCUCCAAUGUUAUUGGCGGGUUCGCGUAUCUGAUGCCAAGUCAAGUUCAACUCUGCGAGAAAGUAGACAAGGUUGAAACAGAGUCCAACGUACUACGGGCAGCCCGACCGUUGAUCGUCCCUCUGCAUUACGGAAACCAUUUCAUUCUUUUGGUAAUCCAGCUAGACGACCAGGCCAGGGUUACGUUUGCGAUACUGAAUUCGAUGAACCAUCAUCUGGAUUCACGUUCGCGGCAAAAUAUACAUAAAUGGGCACGGACCAUAGUGAUUCGACAUGGCUGGAUGGGGGGACCAAUGCUCAGGAAUCCUACCUUGGAACUUCCAGACUUCACUACCUACAUACCUGUCUCUCAACAGCCUACCCAAUCGGAGUGUGGAUACUACGUUAUUAUUAACGCGUGGAUCUUGGCUCUUGGGCUUCAGCCAGAUUCCAGCGUAAGAGUGGACUGGAGUGAUGAAUUCUUCGAGGAUUUGAUCAAUCUCAUACAUCUAACGCGGAUCGGAAAAGCUGAUUGGGCCCUGAUCUAUGCGUUCCUCCGGUGUAGGCGUCUUGCGCUCCGUGGCGAAGUACCUAUCGAUCGUCGAUUCGACACAUCGUAUGAGCUCCGGACGGAAGGGCACCAGUACUUGGGUCAAUUCUUGGAAGAGCAAGAUGAGGAUGAACAGUUACAGUUCUUUGCCGAUUAUGAUUCUACCACUCCGGCGUUGAGUAUAGAAAACAUAAAAGCUACAAAUCGAUGCAAUUUACCCGCAGGCAUGCCCCAUACGCAACCUGGAGCCUUUCCCUGGGACAAUUGGAGUCAAGACACUAGAGUAAAGGCUAGUGAACUGAUCCGGAAAGAAAUAUCGUACAAGAAUCUAUCUACGGAGUCUGACAUUGAGAAAGCACACAAAGCUUCCAAAAACUAUAGAGGGCAACAAGUACGACGACAGCUACAGAAGCGCAACAUCAACCCUCAGGAAGCAAAUGCGAGAGUGCUCCUGCAUGUAACAAGGGAAUACAUGAGAAACUGGCAUGCCGGGCAUACAUUGCAGCAUGAAGCCCGGGCAUGCGCAACGUCUCGCGACAUCCUUCAAUUUUACCACUCCAUUUUGCGGCCAGACGCGUUAGGUACAAAGCUGAAGAGUGGAUGUAUCCCUGACUUUCAGGCUAAGCCCCCCCGGGCUAACAUGCUCUAUUCUGACGCGGUCAAUAUUGCGAUUGCUGCAGUAGUCGAGGCAAUCGACCGAACACAAUCUGAACAACAUGCCAAUGUUAAUACGACGGUACCGUUUACAGGUGGCUUCACCCUAGCCACUACUACUCAGAUGCAGUUGGCCAUGGGGGGGCAGCCAAUCGGCCGGGUAUCACGCCCUUGGAGGUGCUUCCUUGUGCCGUUGACAGUGUCCGGACAUUUGCUUGAAGAAGUCAACCAAUGGCGACAGACAAAGGGGCUCCGAGUUCAAUCUGGGCCAGGAGGACAUCACAUUCUUGCUGUCGUUGAGCGACACAGUGAAGAGGACAUGACAGUAAACGUAUAUUACUACGAUAGCUCUCCGGAACGGUUGCGGGAUGCAUAUCCAUUCCUGACGAGUAAAUUGAAGGAGGCUAUGAGCGUUCUAGGGUGGCUAUCACCAAGAAACAUAGGCAGGGAAGGCGGCGUGGAGGCCAUGGGAAGCACAGUUGAUUACAGAUUCCUGCAGCAAUCGGUCACGGUUCCAAAACAACCCAAUGGAUGGAUGUGCGGUGCGCAUACCAUCAUCAACGCUUGGAUCCUGGCAUUGGGUUUGACGCCCGCGCCACAGAUCAGCUACCCAACCCCAGUCUACGAGGAACUUCACACACUCGCGGGUGCUGCCUGUAGUGGACUUUUGACCUGGAUGGUCCUUGUUAAUUGGCUGCGCUGCCGCAAGCUCAUCACGCAAAAACGUCUCGGAGAUGUUGCCCCGAAUCGUCGUUUUGAAUUCACCAAUGUUUGGCGCUCCGAGAUGGACUUGAAAGAGAGAAUACUUGAGAUUACGGAAACAGAGGACCAACCACUGUUGGGAUACACAGAGACACAACUGCCGUAUGACUUCUCAAACAAUUUACGUCCCACCAUACGUGUGUCAUCAACGGCCCCUGCAGCAGUUCAGCAAUUGCGGGAUAUACUGCGCAAGUUUUCUGGACUGAAUAGGGAGUACGACGACGAUGAUGAUAUGGACUGGAAGUAUGCAGAUGAGAAUGCACGCAAUAUGAAGGAGGAAAUGGGGAGUGACGAUGCGCUGCAUUUCCUUUCUGAAUUCGAGGGGGAUGCUGAUGACACUGACAUGAGCAAUACUCUCGAGGUUCGCUCCGUUGUAGUCAGAAUCUCGAAUGGGACACAUGAGAAAGAUAAAAUAAUGAUCCGUCCACUUACUCUCCGUACCCCCCACCUUCUCAAACCUGCCUUCCUCACCACGGCUAGCACCCGGCCCUUCUCCCUCCUCAACCCAAACACCCGAACCCACCAAAAUCGAAUCUACGACCCCAUCCGCACCCCAUCCGACCUGCAUACCCUCCUCCUCCUCACCGCCGCAUCCAACACGCCCCUCAUUACCCUCUGGACCGCGUCCUUCUGCUCCACCUGCGCAUCCAUCAAACCCCACCUUAUGCGCCUGCUCAGCGAGGACAAGGUCGGUGAACGCGAGGGCGGGCUGGCGUUUGCAGAGGUGGUGCUGGAUGGAGCGUUGAUUGGGGAUUUGGGUGUCAAGUACCGGAUUGGGAGCUUGCCGACGCUCAUGGCGUUUGAGCGCAUGGAGGCGCAGUUUGAGAGUCGGGUAGUGAGAGUGGAGGAGAUGGGUGGGGAGAGGGUGAGGGAAUGGCUGGUUAGGCAGGCGAAGAGGGGAGGUAGGAUGGGUGGGGGUGGGGGGAGUAUGUUUGGGUAG